UUAAUGUUGUGAAGCAUGAGAAGGAAGUAAAACUACUGCUGGUGUCUGUCGGGCGGGUUUCAGCCUAUAUGGUCAACGGAACACGGAAAUCGCGCACCUGUGAGCUGACGUCAUUGACUGAAAGUACCUGCAGUGACUCGUCCGGCUGAGCUCAUUCAGUUAACAGAAAGUACUUUCAAGAGACAAGACGAGGAAGACACGACGAAAGUUCGCGAGGGAAUAGCUAUUUAAAUAGUUCCUUUUUCAGAGUUUUUUCACUUCCACAGCAGGAAUAUUGAGGACGUUCACACAGAUGGGGACCGCUCGGUUCAAGCUUUGGGCAGUUUUAAUCGUCGUCGUUCAGACCUCAACUUUAGCAACUGCUGAGGAGCCAACAUGUGUACCUGGAUUCAAGUCAAAUAUGGCACUAUUCAGAGUGGCCAAAAAACACCUGAGGGAAAACAUGACACUGGGCAAAGUCGAUUUCACCGACUGCACAGACCACACAAGACUUCUUUUCAGCAGUGAUGACAGCCGUUUCAGCGUACGGACAGACGGUACAUUGAUGGUAAUUAGACCGGUUUUUCUUCAUGAAGGACAACAAGAAUUCUCCGUCCACUCCUGGGACUCACAAGGUUCCAAAAGGACUCUUACUGUCAGGGUACUGCACCAUGUCGAUAAGCAUUUCAACCACCACCAAAAUGUUGAGCAUCAACAUGGACAAAACAAACACCAAAACCAUCAAUACCACCUUACUGAAGAGGACCUUGCAAAUAAUGACGUGAGUGCAACCCAUGAUGUGCCCACACUGCAUUUUCCCAAGUCUGGUGAGGGGCUGAGGCGGAGGAAGAGGGAAUGGGUUAUUCCAGUCAUCAGUCGUUCUGAGAAUGACAGAGGACCCUUCCCUCUCAAAAUAUCUCAAAUCCGUUCUAAUGAAGAUAAAAUAAAGAAGAUCUACUACAGCAUCACUGGUCCAGGAGCUGACCAGGAGCCUUUCGGUCUUUUUACCAUGGACAGAGACAAUGGUAAUCUGUAUCUUAAUCAACCACUGGACAGAGAGAAACAAGCCAAGUAUGUGUUUCAAGCUCACGCUGUGGCAGAUGGUUCCGGAAACGCUGAGACUCCCAUGGAAGUUAUAGUCCAUGUAAUUGACCAGAAUGACAACAGCCCUGUUUUCACCAAUUCAACAUACCUGGGAGAAGUUGCUGAAGCCUCACCAAAAGGUUUUGAGGUGAUAAAGGUCCUGGCUACAGAUGCUGAUGAGCCAGGUAAUCAUAACUCCGAUAUCCGCUACCGUAUUCUAAGUCAGGACCCAGAGCUGCCCAGUGACCAGCUGUUUGAAAUCCAACCACAAACUGGAGCCAUCAGGGUCAAUAUUGGUGGGCUAGACAGAGAGAAAUACCCUAAAUAUACUUUGGAGGUUCUAGCAGCAGACAUGGGCGGAGAAGGGUUGUCUGGAAAAGCGAAAGUAAUCCUUACAGUCACCGAUAGCAAUGACAAUGCUCCAACCUUCACCCAGCGCUCCUAUGAGGCAACAGUUGCAGAAAAUAAAGUGGACACUCAGAUCAUCACGAUGUCGGUACAAGAUGGCGAUGACCCACACACUCCAGCCUGGAACGCAAAGUUCAGGAUUGUCGAUGGUGAUCCUGGAGGACAUUUCACCGUGAAAACUGGGAUUAACAAACAGGAAGGAAUCAUUUCUACUGCCAAGGGUCUUGACUUUGAGAAGAACAGCAAGUAUACUCUGUUGGUUGCAGUGGAGAAUGAGGUCCCAUUUGCUGUUCUCUUGCCCACUGCCACCGCCACAGUGGUGGUGAAUGUGCAAGACGUCAAUGAAGCUCCGGUCUUUGAUCCAACUGAGAAGCUUGUGUCGAAACGGGAGGACCUUGCUGUCGACAGUGAUGUAGUGCAGUACACUGCUUAUGAUCCAGACACUGCACGUAAACAGAAAGUCAUGUAUAGAAUCAUUAGAGACCCUGCUGGCUGGCUUAAUGUGGGAAAAGAAACGGGCCUGAUCAAGGUGAAAAGUCUGAUGGACAGAGAGUCCUCCUUUGUCAAGGACAACAAAUACACAGCACUAAUUGGUGCAUAUGACAAUGAUGAAGUCCCAGCCACAGGGACUGGUACUCUCGUGAUACAGCUUGAAGAUGUCAAUGACAACGCACCCACCAUUGAGGAACGUCAAAUCAAGGUGUGUAACAAGGAUCCGGCACCUCAGGUGCUGCCAGUAACAGAUAAAGACGGACCAAUCUUUGCUGCUCCAUACAGCGUCUCCUUACAGGGCAUGUCGAGGAACAACUGGACGGCUAGGAUGAACGAGACUAAAACUGGUGUCAUCCUGAAUUUAGCCACUGAGCUGGAAAGUGGAUUCUACACUGUGGUCCUGAGAGUUGCUGACGCCGCGGGCCUCGAGCAGGACAGCACCGUCCAGGCCGAAGUGUGCGACUGCAAAGGGGAAGAAGUGGUCUGCAUGAUACGUGUGGCAGGUGGCGAACUGCCCAUGGUCCUGGGAAUACUGGGAGCAAUCCUUCUGUUACUCAUGGUGGUGUUGUUGCUGCUGCUGUUCGCGAGACGGAGAAAAGGAGAGAAGAAGGAGCCUCUACUGCAGGAUGAUGACAUCAGAGACAACAUCUAUUACUAUGAUGAAGAGGGAGGUGGAGAGGAUGAUCAGGACUAUGAUCUGAGUGUUCUCCAUCGUGGUCUGGAUAACCGCCCUGAGGUGUUCAGGAACGAUGUGGUGCCAAACUUCAUGCCAGCUCCUCAGUACCGUCCUCGCCCUGCCAAUCCGGAGGAAAUUGGCAACUUCAUUGAUGAUAAUCUCAAGGCAGCUGACAAUGACCCGACAGCGCCCCCCUACGACUCGCUGCUGGUGUUUGACUAUGAAGGAGGGGGCUCUGAUGCAGGAAGCCUCUCCUCUCUGAAUUCCUCAAGCAGCGGAGACCAGGACUACGACUGCCUCAAUCAGUGGGGACCCCGCUUCAAGAAACUGGCAGACAUGUAUGGAGGAGGAGAAGAUGACAUGCUGUAAAUGUACCAAAGAACAAACAAUAGGGAUGAGUGGAUGCACUAUGGCUGUGUAUAAGUUUUGACUGAUAUAAGCAUUAAGUGAAAAAUCAAUGUAUCUGUAGGAAACUGCUGUUAGCCAGACACCAGUAAGCCCACAGAUGUUUGUUUUUCCUGUAUGUAGUUUAUACCUUUCAGUCCAGUUCUAUGAGCAGUUAACAGCCACCGCUCUGAAGCGUGUAUACACACACACACACACACACACACACACACACACACAUGCAUAUAUAUAUUAGUUACCUGUUUUGAAUGACUAAACUCUGCCUGCUUGUCUUUUAGAUCCCUGUUUGACUUCUAGGCAAAAGAAUAAUUAUGCCUUUUGGUUAUUUUCUGCUCAUUUUGUUCUGGUGCCACAAGAUAUGUCUCAAUGUUGAUUUUUGAUCUGUGCAGGUAGUUAGGCCCUUCUUGAGAGUACUGGGUGACACUGGAUAUGCACACAGAUACUUGCAAUUGGACUGGUAACAGUCAUUUUUGGCAUUGUAUGGUACAUUCACUUUUCCUUUUUUUUCUUUUAUACUACUGCAUCAGUAAAAUUGCUUUGUGUCUGUUUAAAAUGACAAUUGAUCAUGGUGAACUCCAGGUAGCCAGCCACACUGAGGAUAUGGUCAGUGACUGUCAAGUAUCAAUCAAUGCUUUUUUAAAAAACAAACAAAAAACUGUCUGUUCAGUCAAUCUUCAAAAUACUUUUUUGCAGUUGCUGCCAAAGGUAAAUUUAAUGUUUUGUGGAUUUUGAUUUUUUUUUUUUUUAUAAAGAUAUCCUAAUACAAUGA